AUGGAAUGGAGUUUCCUAGAAGGUAUGUUGGGGGCUUUGGGUUUAGAUCAAGAGUGGGUGGAUUUGCUUAUGUCGUGUGUCUCGUCGGUGAGUUAUUCCAUCCAGGUCAAUUGGGAGGUUGUUGGUACUGUUGACCCUACCCGUGGUAUAAGACAAGGAGAUCCGUUAUCUCCUUAUCUGUUCAUCAUUUGCGCCGAGGCCUUGUCUCUUUUAUUACAGAAAGCGGAAGCUAGUGGGGCUAUUCAUGGAGUAAGGGUAGCCCGGGGUGCCCCGACUGUGUCUCACUUGUUUUUCGCUAACGACAGUCUUUUAUUCUUCAGGGCGAACCACCAGGAAGCCAUGACAAUAAAAGAGUACUUGGAUUUAUACAACGCAGUAUCAGGACAAUUAAUCAACUAUGACAAGUCCAGUGCGGUUUUUAGUUUGAAUACUACUCCUGACCAGCGUACGGUGGUUUCCGCAUGCAUAGGGGUAUGCGAGGCAAGUGAUCUUGGGAAAUAUCUGGGUUUACCGUCGGUGCUAGGGCGAAACAAAACUGCAACGUUUCGCUAUGUUGAGGAGAAGGUCCAGGAGCGCAUCGACUCGUGGCAACACAGAUUUCUUUCUAAAGCAGGUAAAGGGGUGCUACUCAAAAGCAUUGCGCAAGCUUUGCCGAUUUUUACGAUGUCUACCUUUUUAUUGUCGGUACGUGUGUGUGCGACCAUUGAAAAGUUAUUUAAUCGUUAUUGGUGGGGAGGAGGUGGCGUAGGAACUAGGGGGAUUCAUUGGUUGAGCUGGAACCGGCUGUGCAACCCGAAGUCCAAGGGCGGUCUGGGUUUUCGUAAGUUGCAUGAGUUUAACGUGGCGUUGCUUGCCAAGCAAGGGUGGCGGCUUAUGAUCCAUCCAGAGUCGUUGGUUAGUAGAAUGUUAAAGGCAAAAUAUUUUCCCAAAUGUGACUUUAUGGAAGCAUCAGCAGGGAAUAAUCCCAGCUACAUAUGGCGUAGCAUUUUGGCAAGACAAGAGGUGCUGAAAUUGGGUGUAGCCCGUCGACUCGGUGAUGGUAGAAAUACUCGUAUCUGGGGCUGGGGAUGGCUAGCUGACACUUCAAACCCAAAUCUUAUAACUCCUUACACCGAGCAUUUGAAAGACGCCAUGGUUGUGGUCUUUGCCAGUACCUCGGAAAGUCAGGAGCUUCAUGUGGCGGUGCGCUCGCGAGGUCUAUGGAGGGAGGAGGACGUUCUACAAGGCCAGAGCUUACAGCAAUUCAUGGAGGCGCAAAUGAGCUCGGCAAACGGCGAGCAAGCAGUGAUGAUGGCAGUGAUCUUCUGGACUUUCUGGAUGGCUAGAAACCAUAGCGUGUGGAGGCAGAUCACUCCCGCGGUAGAGAGCAUGCGAGUUCAACUUGACAGGUUGAUGGCACUAUGGAAGGAAAGCUACGUGAAAGGCGAUAGACCAAGACGAGAGAGCAACGAUCCGGAUCUUUGGGAACCUCCACCGCAUAACACGCUUAAAUGUAAUGUGGAUGCAGCCAUGUUUUCUUCUUCUGCAGGCUUUGGCGCUAUCGUUUGUGACCAUGAAGGUCAUUUCGUGGCAGCACUUGUGGCAAACUCGUGUGCACCCAGGGCCCGUUUAUGGCUGAGGUUCUAG